AUGGCGUUCAACAAGUUACUCUCAUUCCAAUUGGAAUAUGCACCACAAUAUCACCUCACCAAAUAUGUCUCUGCAAGAACUGGUCUUCAAUUAGUUCAUAUCGAUCAUAAAUCAUCCCCAUUAGUCCAAGGUUAUUUCGCAGUAGGUACGGAAUGUCCUAAUGAUUCCGGUGUCCCUCAUACUUUGGAACAUUUGAUAUUCAUGGGUUCGAAGGAACAUCCAUACAAGGGUUUAUUAGAUACCGUGGGGAACCUAUGUAUGUCCUCGACUAAUGCAUGGACUGCCACAGAUCAAACUGUUUAUACUUUAACCAGUGCUGGCUGGAAGGGGUUCUCUAAAUUAUUACCAUCCUACUUGAAUCAUAUCUUAUUUCCCACUUUAACUGACGAAGCUUGUACUACGGAGGUUUACCAUGUGGAUCCUGAGGAUUUUAGUGAUAAAGGUGUCGUCUUUAGUGAAAUGGAAGCCAUCGAAUCUCAAAGUUGGUUUGUUACCAUGUUGGAAAAGCAAAGGUUAAUGUUCCCCGAAGGUAGUGGGUAUAGAUCAGAAACUGGUGGGUUAACAAAUAAUUUAAGAACUUUGACAAAUGAUGAAAUUAAAAAAUUCCAUAAGGAAAUGUAUUCUUCAGAUAAUUUAUGUUUGAUCAUAUGUGGUAAUGUUCCACAAAGUGAAUUAUUGGAUAUCAUGGAAAAUUGGGACUCUACUUUACCUGAAAAGGACAAUUCAACUAAGAAAAGACCAUUCCUAGAUACACCAGAAUCACAAAUUCCAAGUUCAAGAAAUGAAAUAAUCGAAUCUACUGUAGAAUUCCCAGAGUUAGACGAAUCCCAAAGUGAAAUCCUAUUUUCUUGGAUCGGUGAACCUUACUUAUCAUAUACUACUGAUCUUGCUGUAUCAAUGCUUUUGGAUUAUUUCACUGAAUCCGCCUUGGCUCCAUUUACUAAACAAUUAGUUGAAAUCAGUGAUCCAUUGGCAAAUUCUACAGAUUACUGGACAGACGAUUAUAUGAGAACAAUUAUUAACCUUGGUAUUCAUGGUGUUCCAACUGAAAAAAUGGAACAAACUAAAGCAAAAGUUAUGGAAAUCUUAGCAACACAUGAAAUAGACAUGGCAAGAAUUAAACAAGUUGUUGACAACGGGAAAUGGGAGUAUAUUUUAAGGUGUGAAAAAAAUGGUGAUAGUGUUUUAUCCCAAGCAGUCAUUACCGAUUUCCUAUAUGGUGAUUUACAUGGAUCAUCUCUUGAAGCUUCCGUUAAGAGUUUAUCUGAUUUCAAUGAAUUAUCAAAGUGGACUUCUGAACAGUGGUCCAGCUUAAUAAAGAAAAUAUUUAUCGAUAAUAAACCAAUUAUAGUAUUAGGUAAACCAAGCUCUGAAUUGUAUGAGUCAAUUGAUAAGGAAAAAGAAAAAUUAUUAAGGGAAAGAAAGGAACAAUAUGGGGAACAUGGCUUAUCGAAGCUACGUGAAACAUUGGAUCAAGCCCAAACUCAUAAUAAUACACCAAUUCCAGAAUCUUUGUUGGAGGCCUUUAUUCUCGAAAACCCGGAGAAAACAGUCGAUUUUAUUUCAACUGUAAGUAUUACAGUAUGUGAUGAUACAAAACAUAAAAAUGAAGCUGAUCCAUUAACCCGAUCAAUCUUGAAUUCGAAGCCAGAAAAUUUCCCACUAUUCUUACAUUUGGGACACUUUCCUUCUCAAUUCAUUGAAUUACAUUGCUUACUAAAUUCUACAUGCAUUAAGGAUACCACAUUACUACCAUAUUACCACGUAUUUACCGAAUUAUUUUCAAUGCCAAUGAAAGGGGAAAACAAUGAAAUAGUUAUUCCAUAUGAAGAAGUUGUGUCAAAAUUGAAAUCCGAAACAGUUGACUCCCAAAUAUCAUUAGGUUUAAAUGCAACAUGUCCAGAAUUGAUCGAUCUCCGGAUCAGAUGUAAAUCUGAUGACUAUUCUAAAGCCGUAAACUGGAUUAAACAUUGUUUAUUUGAUAUGAUUUUUGAUGAAAAGAGAGUGUCUGUGUUAGUAGAAAAUUACUUGAAUUCUAUUGUGGAAUUAAAGAGGGAAGGUGAUGUCAUGUUAGAAUCUCUAACAUGUAGGAAUAUAUAUUCCACUAGAUCAAUGAAAAAAUCUGUCGAUCCGCUUUACGUUGAAUCUAUCCUUGAGGAUGUCUUAAAUGAUAUCGAGGAUGGAAAAUUCCAAGAAAAGGUUUUACCAAGAUUGGAAACUAUGAGAAUUCAACUCAGAGAACACUUUAAUAAGUUCCACAUUUUGAUCUUCGGUGAUGUUUCCAAAAUUCAAUCUGAAGUAUAUAAGCCAUGGGAAAGCCUAAUCGCAAAUCUAGAUGCUGCCCCUCAAAGUUAUAAAGUCAAGACACCACCGGUCCCAAGACUAUUAAGUUCAGUUUCUCCUCUAUGCAAAAAACCAUCCGAACGUGCCUAUAUUAUUACUGCACCUGCAUCUGAAUCGUCUUACAUGAAUGUCAUCACGCCCGUACCAUUUAAUCUAAACUACAAUGACCCUGAGUAUGCUGCUGUUUUGUUAGCGUCCGAAUAUUUACAAUGUGUUGAAGGUCCGUUUUGGAAAGGUAUCCGUGGAUCAGGUUUGGCUUAUGGAGCAAACAUGGUUAAAAUGACUGAAAUUAACUCGUGGGGGUUUAAUAUUUAUCGUGGAACAGAUAUAGUUAAAUGUUAUCAAGCUGGUAAGCAAAUUGUUGAAGGCUAUGCCACAGGUGUGGCACAAUUUCAGCCUAAUUUGAUGCAAGGCGCUGUAAACAGUAUUAUUAAUAGACUUGCUACUAUUGAGAAUGGUUACUUCGCCGCAAGUAUUUCCAAGUAUGUAGACGAUUUUUUGUUGGCAAGAGGACCUAAUUUUAACAAGAUGAUUCUAGAAAGACUAGCCGAUGUAUCCAUUAAGGAGUUACAACAUGUAAUGCAAAAAUACUUCGUGAAUUUGUUUGACUCUGACAAAAGUGUAGUCUUCAUUUGUUGCCACCCUUCCAAAGUAGAAGCUGUUCAAGAAUUUCUCGAGGAACAGGGUUUCACUGUCGAUAUUGAAGAAUUAGAAGAUGAAGAACAAGAUGAAGAUGAAGAUGACGAAGGGAAUUCUGAUUAG